AUGACACUGCUGUUGCGGGUCAUGGAUGGCAACGGUACGCAGCCCCUGGUAUCCUCCUUCGCCGUACGACUGCCGCCUUUUACCAGUUCACGCCCGGACAUAUGGUUUCGGCAAGCAGAGUCACAGUUCACCUUGGCGCACAUCACAUCCCAAGUAACGAAAUUUCACCAUGCCUUGUCCGCCCUCCCCGAAGACAAUCUCAUCGAAGUGGCAGACAUCAUCAACUGUCCUCCCGCUGACGCUUCGUACGACGCCUUGAAGAUUGCCCUCGUCGAGCGAACCUCUCCCUCUGACCGUCAGCGCUUACAAGAAUUAGUGCUGAACGAGCCUCUUGGCGACCGCAAGCCCUCCCAAGUUUUACGGCAAAUGCAGCAUUUGAUCGGAAGCUCCACCUUCGACCCCAAGCUCCUUCGCGAGCUUUUUCUUUCUCGACUGCCUCCGUUCGUACAGCUGGUCUUAUCCGCUUCGGACGACAGCGACCUUCCGUCCCUCGCAGCACGCGCCGACAAGGUAACGGAAAUUGCAUCCGGGCAAGCUUCUGCGCACAAUCUCUCUGCGGUGAACAGCACCCAUCCGCAAUCCUCAUCCGAAGCCUGCGGUACCUGCACCUCUUCAUCGGCGUCCUCGGAAAACUCGGAACUCAUCGCUUUACGUGAUGAAAUAAAGCGGCUCGCCGACGCCUUCAACAGGCCCACGGGCCGCGACAGCCACUCUCCUGGCCGUGCUGGACAGUCCCGCAGAAUAGUACGCUCUCCAACACCCCCAUCGUCAUCCAACCGUCGUCCAGUCUGCUGGUACCACCGUCGUUUCGGCCGCAGGGCACGACGUUGCGAAUCACCAUGCCACUGGCAGGGAAACUUCACCGGGGACUCCUAA